AUGGAGCUUGGACAAGAUGCACUUGAGUGCAAGGAAGUUAUGAAACUCAUUGAACAUGCAGGUUUGAUGAAAAGUGUUACAAGCUUUGGAAAAUACUAUGAGGUGCUAGUGAAGGAACUUAUUGUAAACAUACCUGCUGACUGUGAUGACAAUAGAAGCAAGGAAUUUAAAAAAGUUUUUGUGAGAGGAAAAUGUGUGGAAUUUUCACCUAAUGUGAUUAAUAGGUAUAUGGGCAUAUGUGAAGAUGAACAACCUGAGAUAGAGGUGACUGACAACCAGGUUUGCAAAGAAAAUACUGUAAAACAGGUUGUACAAUGGCCUAGAAAAGGAAAGCUUCCAGUUGGAAAGCUAAGUGUAAUGUAUGAAAUCCUUCACAGGAUUGGUGCUUCUAACAGGGUUCCCACAAACCAUACAUCAACCAUUACCACUGGAUUAGGGAAGUUCAUCUAUGUAGUUGGUACCAAGACCAACUUUGAUUUUGGAGAUUAUGUUUUUGAACAAACAUUAAAGCAUGCUAGUACUUGUAGAUCUGGCGAAGAGUCUACCAGUUCAACCUCCAAGGCUAGUCUGAUUGUUAAAUUAAAAGACACCUAUAAAGCUUUGGAUGAUACUAUCAAGACCUACACUGAAAGAAAGACCAGGCUUGAAAGACUGAUCAAAUCUUUGGCUGAAGAGAGUCCUGGUGAGAAUGUGGCCGGUGAUUAUGAAGAAGGAGAUGAGGAAGAAGAGGAUGUUGUUGUUGGUGCUACCUCUACAGAUGAAUCAUAUGCUUCUGCUGACAUCUGA